ACAGAAUAAGCUAAUGGUCUAACUAUGAUUAAGUACUAAUCAGUACUUAGUAUAAGGAAAACAUUUACGCCGCUGAGUUCAAGGCCACCUGGUUCGACCAAAUUAUAGUGUCAUAAUAUCGUAUGAAAAUAGGUAACCGCGUUAUCAAAAAAUAACAAUAAAAUGUUCUAUUAAUUCUUAUCUUUGUAUGAUGAUUUUAAAUCGUUGAAACAAAAGUAGUCCGUUGUUACUUGUUAGUUGCUGGUGUUGCUACUUGCUCAUCAAUUCUCAAUUAAUCAAGUGUCAAACCUCAGAUCGUCCUACAGAAACUUCCAUGGCCAUCAAACACUUGUCCACAGAUUCCGUCGAACCUCCAAAGGUGCCGGGCUCGUUGCGCUUCUAUUCUAUGCGAUUCUGUCCAUAUGCACAGAGGAUCCAGCUGGUAUUAAAUGCCAAGGGCAUGCCGCACGACACGGUGUUCAUUGAUCUGACAAAUAAGCCCAAAUGGUAUUUGACAAUCUUCCCGGCUGGCAAGGUUCCGGCUUUGAUUUAUGAUGACAAGUUUCUUUCUGAAAGUCUUUUACUGGCAGACUUUCUUGACGAACAGUUCCCCGAACCGCCUUUGUGGAACGGCAGUCCUCUUCAGAAAAUAUUGGAUAAACUCGUCAUAGAGUCUUUUGCAAAAGUGGGAACAGCAUUUUAUAAAUUAAUGAUGACUACAGAAAAAAUAGAAGAAACACACUUUGAUGAACUCGUUGCUAGUUUAGUCCCCAUUGAAGCUGAAUUAGCUAAAAGAGGAUCAAUAUUCUUUGGAGGUGACAAGCCAAAUAUGGUUGAUUAUAUGAUAUGGCCUUGGUUUGAGCGUUUAGAUUCCAUUAAUCCUUAUUCUCAGGGAAAGUUUGUUAUCCCUUUUGAUGACAAAUUUCCCAAACUGGCAAAGUGGAAAACCUUAAUGAUUGUUGACAAGGUUGUUGCAUCAUACUAUCUAACACCAGAAAAACACGCGGAUCAUUUUAAGAAAAGAAAAGCUGGAUUACCUGCUUAUGACAUUUAAAGCAAUCCUUGUUGUGUACUUGAGGUUGAAUAUUGUAUUUUUCAAAUUCAUCACUGUUUUUAAUAUUUUUAUUUUUAUUUAUUAUUAUUUUAUCAUAGGUAAUCAAUUAUACAAAGAUAGAUUAAUACGUAAUUGUAUGUUAAAAUGGAGUUUGUAUAAUUUUAUUAUUUUUUUUACAAUACAAUUUAUGUUUAAA